GUGAGUGGGAGCUGCAACUGAAUGAAACCGACAGGAGGAAGUAGCGAUUAAUGCAGCUCCACACCUUUCCGGUGUAGCAGCACUGCGACCAGCUCGACUUAACAGAGAAAGCCGAGAGCUGGUACAUUAACCCAGCCAAGAAGGGAUAUAAGAGGGAGACAAGAAGUGGAGUUUUGUGUUCGUGUGCAGGUGCUACCUACCCCCCAAGGGUCUCCAGAUCUUCUUCGGCGUCGUCGUAUUCAGUGCGGCAAAGUUAGCCGCCGGGACACUUAAUGGAAUAACCGCAGAAAGCUGCUUUUCUUGCUCGUGUGGCGGUGAAGAGAACAAGGGCGCACCCGGUGACGAGGACCGCUACUUCCACAGAGGGACUUUUUGAUUAGCAGGCUUUUUGCGGGCCGCGUGUUCACAUCACAACGUGUUCUGUAGUUUUAAACUCAACCAGGGCCCGCGUUUGCCACGCAGCUUUGUGAAGAUUUGAGCGACACAAUGAAAGCCAGUCAACAGCUGUUGGCAAGCUCUUAGUUUAACCGUGCCAUGUUGUGUGCGGGUCUUGGAAUCACAGUGGUCUGUUGAACACCUCACAGGAUUCCCACCAGUUGAAGGACAUCAGUGCUGUUAGGUUCAAACAUGAUUGUAUGCUUUUGACCAUUUUACCCUCCAAAGCUCUCAGAGUUGACUACUAGGCUGAGCCUGAGUUGUAUUGAACAUUCAAAAGCCAACCAAAUAGACAUUUGUUUUUCUUGUGGGAAGCAAAGUAUUUAUGCACAAUAGUUCAAAAUGGGGAAAAUGCUUUCAAAAAUCUUUGGCAACAAAGAGAUGAGAAUAUUGAUGCUUGGACUAGAUGCUGCAGGAAAGACAACAAUCCUUUACAAACUGAAACUGGGUCAGUCUGUCACUACAAUCCCCACUGUUGGCUUCAAUGUGGAGACUGUCACCUACAAAAACGUCAAGUUCAACGUGUGGGAUGUUGGUGGCCAGGAUAAGAUUCGCCCUCUUUGGCGGCACUACUACACAGGCACCCAGGGGUUAAUUUUCGUGGUGGAUUGUGCAGACAGGGAUCGCAUCGAUGAGGCCAGACAGGAACUUCACCGCAUCAUCAAUGAUCGGGAGAUGAGGGAUGCCAUCAUCUUGAUAUUUGCCAACAAGCAAGACCUUCCAGAUGCCAUGAAGCCACAUGAAAUCCAGGAGAAGCUCGGCUUGACCCGCAUCCGAGAUAGGAAUUGGUAUGUUCAGCCCUCCUGUGCGACUACAGGUGAUGGACUGUAUGAGGGCCUCACAUGGCUAACUUCAAAUUACAAAUCUUAAUGAUUGAGUGCUGACUGUUUUAGGUCAAUACUAUAAUAAAGUUGCAAGUAACAAAUAACUUCUCAAAAUGAGUAUGGUUAAGGAAAAAAAGUUGAUUAUCUCCCAUUUAUUUUUUAAUAUCUUGAUGACUAAUUUAUCUUUAACUGGGUUUUUUCUGGCUACAACUUUGCUUGUAAUCUGUAGCCAGCUUAGAUCAUAUCCAUUAUUUUCGGGGCUUGCUUGAUGAAUAUCUUAUUAAACCGGUCCAAAUGUUAAAGCCACAGAUUUCACCGCAUUUGCCUGAUUCUUUUUCCUGUUUUAAAUAAUUUUUCUAAUGAAGCUGGAGUUUUUAAUUGUUCUGGAACUACAGCUUUUUGCAAUGUCCUUCAGUUCACUCUGUUGUAAUUGAACUCGGUUCUUUGGUUUCCUCUGAGGUGCGACUAUGUAGCUUUCUUGGAAAGACUUGGACACAGUGCUGUGUGUGAUGAAAAGUGGUAUUGACGGAAGCAAGGGUGGAAAAAAAAAAAAACACCAUCGAGUAGAUUUCAUUGUUGGCCAUUUCAACACCAAAGGUGGGGGGGAGAAAAAAAAAAUCACUUCUGGUGUGUUUAGUUUCCCUUCCCAAUCCCUCUAUGUGGGUUCUGUAGUUACCUGAUUGACCUGUGUCAUGUCUUCUAAUAGUGCUCAAUAUACAACACAUAGGCCUCCAUUAACUCUUUAACACGCUUGUUGGGAUGCAUUUGAAAACCUGGGCAACGUCAUGAAGUCGAAUCAAUCUUCACAAAGGAAUGUGUAUUCAGCUCUGAGCUCUCUCACUCGGAUAGUCAGCCUGACAGUUGAUUAGUCUCAGUAUUGGGACAUUAUAUGAUAGCCUAUAUCUGUAGCAUGAGUACGAAAGUACAGUAACCCUACAUCAGAGUCCAUCUGUUAUGCAGUCAGAGGGAGCUGUGUCAUGGUGAAAUGUUGAAUGUCACCCUGAGUUUGCAGCUCUUCCUUUUAUUUUGACUGGGGGGGAACCAUGUACAGAAUGAUGUCAUUGUAAUGUCUUAUUAAAAAAAAGUGAUUUUAAA